AUGUCGGCGGAUCAGCCAUCCAGCACUUACGACCAUAAAAGCCACAGACUUAAGAAAUUUGUUUCUGCUCUCAAUAAUCACCCAGGCCGAGCUUGUUGGAUUAAAUUUGCCGAUUUUUCUUGGUUGACAGAACAUCCUGAGGCUACUAUGCAGAUCUUCAACUUACUAGCUCGAGUUCCAGCUAUAAUAGGACUGGAUCUCGAUGCGUACACCCCACUUCUGUACGCUGGCGAUUGCGAUCGGCCUCGAUCAAAGAUUGCACCAAACCCGUCGAAUCUAGUGUGUCAAUUACCAUUUGCACAAUCACUACGCAGGCUCAGCAUUAACGAUUCCAAGAUCCUCAUCUCUGAUAUCGCCCAGAUCCUCACUCUCCCAAGCCUCAACUAUCUUAGCAUAUCUCAAUUCAAUGAGCACCUCUCAAAAAAGAUACUUGUCAACAAGUUUCGCUCUCCGCUGGCAUGUACCUUGAAGGAACUUGUAAUUUUGAAUUCUUCACCACCAACAGGCCCCCUAGCUGCAUAUAUACUCAGUAGACAUUUGGGCCUAGAAAAGCUUACCUGGGAAAAUAUUACUCCGUUCCAAUAUCAUCAGCGUCAAAUAUUGCCAGAUUCUAUAUCAAAGGUCCUGCUGCCGCUUAGUGCAACACUUGUUGAGCUGCGGAUCAGGUCAGAUAUUUGGCGCACCUACGAUGAUCGAUAUCUAGGAGAUUUCUCCCAAUUUCGGGCACUGAAGAUUUUAAACAUCAACGAUGAAGUUUUGUUCUCGCGUCCAAUACGUGGCACUAUGCCUCGCAAUAUGGAUCUAAUUCUUCAUGAGCGUCUCCCUAGCUCUUUAGAAACUUUGAUGAUAGUGUUCAAGUUAGGCAUCAAGCCUUUAAUUGGAGAGCUUGUGAAGGACGAAAAAGACUAUUUAUGGCUUGUAUCAUUGUCCAAUCGAAAGAUUGAUAGCCUUCCGCGGCUAUCGUAUGUCAAGAUCAGUCAAGUGAUGGCAGUGGGUCGCAAGGAGUUUGAGUGGGUGUAUCCUCCGGAUCUGGCACUUGCCUUUCAUGCCUCGGAUAUCAAACUCAAAAUUACCACCUUGCAUGAUUCUAAUUGGGACCAAGCACUGCAAAGGCACGGUUCUGUGGAUGCAUGA